ACUCCACCAACAUCACGUCGAAUCACACGAUCUGCCCUUCGUUCUAACCGUUGAGAUUUCGUGCACAAGAUCAUACUACUAUCAUCAACAAUGCCUCCCAAGAAGUCUACCACCGCUUCCACUAAGAAGGCUGCUGCCGCCGCCCCGGCACAUGGCUCUUACAUCGAUAUGGUCAAAGAUGCUAUCAUCAACCUCAAGGAGCGCAACGGAUCAAGCCGUCAAGCUAUUCAGAAGUACAUCAAGGCCAACAACAGCCUAGGCAACCCUACAGAUGCCAUGUUUAAGAGCCGCGUCAACGGCGCCAUCCGUAAGGGUCUUGAAAGCGGUGACUUCAGCUUCCCCAAGGGCCAAAAGUCCGGGAGCAUAAAGCUUGCUAAGAAGGACGCAAAGGAGGCCAAGCCUGCCGCUGCGAAGAAGGAGAAGGCCGAGCCCAAGGUUGAGAAGAAGACUGCCGCCCCCAAGGCUAAGAAGGCCACCGCUACCAAGGCCAAGGCCACCACCACCAAGAAGGCGCCCGCAGCUAAGAAGGAGACUAAGGCUACCAAGGCCGCUACUCCCAAGAAGGAGACGAAGACCAAGGCUGCCGCCGCAAAGCCUAAGGCUAACGCCAGCAAGCCCCGCAAGGCCGCCGAGGCACCUGCAGUUCCCAAGGAGGACUUUGCGGUCCUGAGCAAGACCAAGUCCGGUCGCGUCACCAAGACGAAGGCAGCUGCACCUACCAAGAAGGCACCCGCAAAGAAGGCGGCCAAGGCAGCACCUAAGAAGACGACCCCAGCGAAGAAGGCGGCUGAGACUAAGAAGACUACGCCCAAGCGCGCAACGCCCAAGAAGACCGCGUCUUGAGUGCGCUGAGUUGAGUCUGGAUGGGUGUUGCUGCUGUGUAUAUCUUUGCUUCAUUUCUCUAGGGAAGGGAUGGUAGGGAACUGUGUGAUAUACCCGUUCUGGCACAGGAUGGGAUGGGCUGGGUGAACUUGAGGGGCGUAUAGGCGUUCACGGAUGGGACUGGGCAUGGUGUACACUUUUCCUUUUUAUUUUGGAGGGAUCAUGAUCAACAAUGAAUACCAAAUUUUAACUUCA